GAGAGACGAAAGGAACACGAAGCUUCGCCGGCCGCCAUGUCGCCGCCGUCCCUGUGCGCCGCCGCCUGCUCCACCCCUCUCCGCGCCGCGCCGCCCCCUCUCCUGCGGUUCCGCCGCCCCGCCUCCUCCUCCGUCUCCGUCUCCGCGUCCCGUGCCGCGGCCCCGUCCGUCUCCGACGACCUGGUCCUCCGCAUCGCCGAGCAGCUGGAGGACUCGGCGGCCGCCGCCCCGCUCCUCGACCCGCUCCGCGCCGCCUCCGCGCUCUCCCUCCUCUCCACGCCCUGGCCCACCCGCCGCGCCAACGAGGCCUUCCGCUUCACCGACAUCUCCUACCUCCGCUCCCUCCCCAUCUCGCUCCCCGCCCACACCCCCUCCCUCGCGCCGCCGCCCUCCCCCGACGCCGAGUCCCACGUCCUCUUCUCCGACGGCCUCCUCGUCUCCGCCGCCGGCGCCCACGUCGCCGCGCUCGCCGACAUGCCCCCGGGCAGCGCCCGUGACCGGGCGGCCGCCGCCGUCGCCGCCUCCGCCCAAUUCUCCCACAGGGACAUCUUCUACGACUUCAACGCCGUCGGCGCGAGCGACGUCGCCGUCGUGUACGUGCCCGAGGGGGCCAAGAUGGCCGGCGACCCGGUCCACAUCAUGUUCGGUUACAGCGGCAGCGACGGUGCCAGCAUGAUGAUGUCCAACCCGAGGGUUCUGGUGAUUGCGGAGAAGGGCGCGGAGGUGGCCAUCGUGGAGGAGCAUUUUGGGACUGGGGAAGGCUGCUAUUGGGCCAACCCGGUGGUGGACAUCAUCGUGGAGGAGGGCGCUAGAGUGGUUCAUUCCUAUGUGCAGCGGCAGUCGUCCGCCGCGGCGCAUACCAAGUGGACCACCGUGCAGCAGAAUACAUCUAGUACAUAUGAGUUUGUUGAGGUCAGCACUGGAGGAAGACUGAACAGGCACAACCUUCACAUCCAGCAAUUGGGUCCAGAGACGGUCACGGAAUUAUCAACGUUUCACUUAACAUCUCAGAAUAAGCAGAUUCAUGAUCUGCAUAGCAGAUUAAUACUUGAUCACCCAAGAGGUUAUUCACGUCAGCUGCACAAAUUGAUUGCUUGUGGUUCAGGAAACGGUAUUUUUGAUGGAAAUAUCCAAGUCAACAGGUAUGCACAGCAAACUGAUGCAGGGCAACAAACCAAGUGUCUUCUCCUCUCACCAAAGGCUGUUGUGAACGUGAAGCCAAACCUUCAGAUCAUCGCUGAUGAUGUCAAAUGCACACACGGAGCUGCCAUCAGCGGUGACCUUGACCCAAACGAGCUCUUCUAUUUCCAAGCUAGAGGCGUCGAUGUCAAAACAGCAACUGAUGCCCUGCUUUUCUCGUUCGGAGCCCAAGUGAUAAACCGCAUCCCGUUUAAGCCCGUAGAGCAAAAGGCAUUGGCACAGCUCAAGGAGUUGCUCACCCUGUCAAGGCAAAGCAACUGAUGAGAUACUCCGAGAUGCUCGUUGGCGUAGCUCAAUACAUUUUGGUUGAGAUGGAAAGAGUAGGGCACGAAUGGUUGGACCGUUUGGAUUCAACACAAGGUGAGGUAGUACAACUAUGUUGGUUAACUGUGAUAAAAAAAUACCACCCUAGCCUUUUUUUUCUUCAAAUUCAGCAUAUCAUCUGUAAAUUACUUGUUUAUCCCUAUCAAAGGCAAGAAUGCAUGAAGAGCUUCUUCGGUAGUA